GUCUACUGUGAGCAUGUACACAGGAAGUAUAACCAAUAGCUACACAUCACAUCCGUCAAGUGGUAACUUAAACUAAACAACAGGGCAGAAGAUUUGAAACCUCUGUUGGAUUGGAAUAGAUGACAACCGGAGCCCCCAAGGGUGAAAACUGCCUGGUGGACAUGGACAGCAAGGCAGGAGGGUUGUUCAGCGCGGAGGAAUCCCACCCCACUGGAACCGGUGGAGCAGGAAUCAUGUCGAGGAUCUGGCUGCCUAAGGGCAUCUCGGCCAGCCUGAUCAAGGAGUGGCUGGAGAAGCGGCGGAUGUCCAUCCGACCGUGGGCCGGCUUCGUUGACCAGCGCAAGUUCUCCAAGCCGCGCAACUUUGGCGAGCUGUGUCAGAGGAUGGUGAAGAACGUGGACACCUACAACAGCAACUACACCUUUAUCUUCCUCGGCCUGAUCCUCUACUGCAUUGUCAGCUCCCCCAUGCUGUUGAUCGCCCUGGCGGUGUUCGUCGGUGCCUUCUACAUUAUUCACCUCAAGUCCAUGGAAUCCAAGUUGGUCAUACUUGGCAGGGAGCUGAACGUCCCUCAUCAGCUGGGUCUGGCGGGAGCCGUGUCCCUGCCUGUGUUCUGGUUGGCCGGCGCUGGCGCCGCCGUCUUCUGGGUUCUCGGAGCAACGCUGUUUGUGAUUGGCUCCCACGCCGGCUUCCGCGAGCUGGAGGGAUCGGACAUGGAGGAGCUGCUGAUGGAGCCCGUGUAGGGACGGGCUCCCCGCGCUCACCUCGCCCGCGAUCGACCUUGUGAGGAGCCAGCCCGCAAUCAGUUUCCACCUGACCCCCGCCACCGCCGAGCCCGCAGACGGAUGCACUGCACACAUGACAGCGGAUUUGGAUCCCACAUAAAACCCUUGUACUGGAGUUACAGUAGUGAAAGGAUGGGGCACCUUGUUUUGAUGGUUGUUUGAGGAUUUCACAGGCUGUAUGGCCCCGGGCGAACCCAUUUUCUGUUGUACUGAGGGAAUGCCUGUCAAUGCAGAAGUUGUACUAUAUGCAAGGAGAACUACUCUAAAUGUUCACAUGUAAUCCAAAUCCUAUGCCUUUUUUUCCAAUAUAGGUACGUUUAAGCUGUCAUUGAUUUGACUUUGGAUAGCUUCGCUAUAACAUUUACAUAAAUUGCUUUGAUUUGAUUUCUGACAAUAUUUUCUUUAGUUGAAGAUAAUUUUACAUAUAUACUGAAAAUCAUAAAUUACCAAAUCCAAUUUCUUUACCUUUCCAAUGAAAAAGUGCCACUUUAUUCUUUAAGCAUGUCUUUUUUUGAUUGUGCAUUAAUAAAUAGGACAACGUGUAUAAAACUGAUUUUAAUCAAGAAAGGGAUUUAGAAUAGCAAUGUUUUUAUAGUAACUGACGAUAAGGUCAGGUUAAAAGGGUCAAACCAUAUGUAUGGGGAAACGGUUUACAGAAGAUAGGGCAUAAGCACGACUUGCUUGGACAUUUUACAUAUCUAUUUUAUUUGUUACCUUCAGUUUUAUCAUUGCCAAAAAAAUGCAUUGUGUUUCAAAAUUAUAAUAUUGGGCUGUUUGUAUACACUCUCAAUAAACUAUUAUUCCUCAUCAUGA